ACGUUUUAGGAUGUAGUCUGUAAACCUUAAAGAAGAAGAAGCCCAUAGACGACAGUCUCAAGUUAAAUGUUUCUUCAAAAUGUCGAAACCACAGUUGUUGACUGUGUUUAUAGCCAAGCGAUUAAUAUCGGCAGCCGUGAACAUAUUUGGGAUAGAGGAAAGCUCAGUACCAGGAACCACUAGCAGCAGUGACUGUUGAGAUAAUGGCGGCGGUGGAAACGACGAUUGAACAAGAGCUCUCUAGUUCAAAGCAGGAGAUUGAACGUCUACGGAGGCUUCUUCUGGAGUUGGGAGCAGACCCCCAGCAGCUAACUGUCCCUGAAGAGGAGGUUCCCCCUGAGCAGCAGCACUGUGAGCAGGAGUGGAGCCCCAGUCUGGGGCAGCAGGACACAGAGGCCACACAGAUUAAAGAGGAACAGGAGGAAAUCAGGACGAGUCAGGAGGAACUCGGGACGAGUCAGGAGGAACUCGGGACGAGUCAGGAGGAACUCGGGACGAGUCAGGAGGAACUCGGGACGAGUCAGGAGGAAGAGCAGCUUCACAGACUUGAGUCUGAUUCCACAAAUGUUGUAGAGUUCAUAUUUACUGCUUCUCCCUGUGUGGAAAAGUCCUCUGAUCAGGACAGAGAGACAGAGAGGGACUCUCUACCCACCAACACAACUGAACAGAUCCAAACAGAACCUAAUGGAGAGGACUACAGAGUAUCACAACCAACCAGUGACUCUCUGCUCCUCUCUGCAGUAAAUCCAGACUGUUCUGCAGCUCACAGUGAAAUCAUUGUAAGUGUGGAUGAGGAUGAGAGCGAAGAGCCUGUGUUAAAGACCCUCAAAUCAAGGAGGACACAGGCAGAGAAACGACAAAGCUCUCAAGUCAGCACUGAGGCCAAGACAACCAGUGAGCUGAAAGAACCAUUAAAGUCUCUCACAAAUAAGAAACCAUUCAAAUGUCCUGUGUGCAGUAAACGCUAUAAGACACUAGGUGGUUUAAAAACCCACCAGAGAAUUCACUCAACGGAAAAUAAUCGUCACUGCAAGAAAUGUGGCCAAUCAUUUAACUUGUUGCAACAAUGGAAGAAGCAUAUGACGAAUCACACAGAGGAGGAAUCACCUACGUGUCAUGUGUGCAGUAAACGAUUUAAACUACCAAACCAUCUGAAAACUCAUAUGAGAUGCCACAACGUAGAGAAACCCAGUCAGUGUCCGACAUGUGAAAAACACUUUAAAUCAGCGAAAGAGCUAGAGAUUCACCAGAGAAUUCACACGGGAGAGAAACCAUAUCCGUGUCCGACGUGUGAAAAACACUUUAAAUCAGCGAAAGACCUAAAGAAACAUCAGAGAAUUCACAUUGAAGAUCAACUAUACCAGUGUCCAACAUGUGAAAAACACUUUAAAUCAAAGUACAACCUUAAUCACCACAAGAAAAUUCACACCGAAGAGAAAUCGUAUAGCUGCAAUGAUUGUGUCAAGUGCUACAGGACAAAGACUGGCUUAGAAGAGCACGUGAGGACUCACACAGGGGAGAAACCUUUUAAGUGUUCCGCGUGUGAAAAGUGCUUUACUUCAACAACCAUUCUAAGACGCCACGAGAGAACUCACAGUGGAGAGAAACCGCACGGAUGCACACAAUGCAACAAACACUUCCCUGUCAAGUCAGACCUGGUUAAACACAUGAGAACGCACACAGGGGAGAAACCUUUUAGCUGUAAAGAAUGUGACAAAUGUUUCAGUCAUAACAUUAGCCUGAGACUGCACAUGAGAACUCACACAGGGGUAAAACCGUACAGCUGCAAAGAAUGUGGCAAAUGUUUUUCUGUUAACAGUAACCUGAGAAUGCACAUGAAAAUUCACACAGGAGAGAAAUCGUUUUGUUGCCAAGAAUGUGGUAAAUGUUUCCGUCAUAAAAUUAGCCUGAGACUGCAUAUGAUGACUCACAGUGGUGGAGAGAAUCUUCACGGAUGUACUCAAUGCAACAAACGGUUCCCCAUCAAAUCUCUCCUGGUUAAACACAUGAUGACACACACAGGGGAGAAAUCUAAUAGCUGCAAAGAAUGUAGCAAAUGUUUCCUUCAUAACAUUAGCCUGAGACUGCACAUGAGAAUGCACACAGGGGAGAAAUCAUAUACCUGCAAAGCGUGUGGCAAAUGUUUCCAAAACAAAAUGGUUCUGACGAGGCAUAUGAGAACUCACAAAGGAGAGAAUCCAUAUAAGUGUCCUCUUUGUGUCAGUUCCCUUAUGUCAUCAAAUGAACUAAAACAUAUUUACUUGGGAGAGAAACCAGAGACCGACCAACCAGAGAAUCCAUCGUGCCUCUGCAGCGAUUGUGGCAAACGCUUCCCAACGAUGAAAACCCUGAGAGACCACAUGAGGACCACACAUGAAGAAAGAAGGCAUCCGUGUUCUGUUUGUGGAGAUUUCUUUAUGUCGUUGGGUUCUCUUAAAGUUCACCAGAAAAUACACACUGGAGAGAAACCCCACCAGUGUUCUGUUUGUGGGAAAUAUUUUGCAUUGUAGUGAUGGGAAGUUUGGCUCUUUUUACAGACUCUGAUCUUUGACUCAUUUAAAUAAAUAAAAUAACUCCUC